CCGGAGUGCAAGCGACCCAAACAAAGGCCGAGGAGAGGAGAGCCGUUUGAUAACAAAAUAAGGAUUCAGUGUGUGUUACCUUCCAACAACAUGCAAGAUAGAAUUGGGAUCUUGAGUAUUGGCUAGAGAUAAGCAGGAGCAUGAAUUUUUUUAGAAUAUAGCAAACUUCAGCUGCAAUUAUACACAAUGGAUGAUAGUGAUACAAACGAUGCAGAGAAAAUUAUUAUAGAUGGAGAAGAGGAAUCUGAAUCCUUACUGAGCCUACCAAAGAGAAAGCAAGAGCAAGGGAACAAGGUAACUAUUAGUCCCCCCUCAAAGAAGUCGAAGUUGGAAAAUGGGUCCUCAGAGGAAGGCCAAGAGGAGGGAGCCACAGAAGAAGGUGAUCCAUCCAGCCUAAUAAUACUAGAUGAUGACACAGUAGAUUGUAGAAAAGGCAGGCUUUUGGCAGAAUAUUCUUUGACUGAAGAUGAGGAGGAAAAAUCACUGGAUAGUAUUACAGGGGACUCAAUUGCCCAAAAUGUUGAAAAUGGGCAAGUCAUUGGGAACAUUACUACCCCUGAGAGACAAAAAGGAAGAGAAACUUCCCCACAGACAGAAAUAGAAGAAUUAGACCUCCCAGUAGAGCUUAAAAAAGGUGUAAGAAAAGCAGAUGGAGUAGAUAAGGUAAUAGAAACAUUGCAUGAAGUAUCUUCCAGUGCAGAGAUAGAAGAAAUUGCACCUCAGGAAGAAAGUGAAGUCCUCAGGAGGCAGUUCACGGGAGAGAGCGACAUCUUAAAGAACUUGUGUGAGGGAGAGGUUGAUGAGGGAGUGGCUCGUCCCCUUACCACCAAGGAGGAAGAGAAACUUGGGCUUUCUGGCUUAUUUGAAGACAAGAACUUAGAAAACAGCUUGACUGAAGGGUUGGAUGGCAACAAGGAAGAAACUGUGCUUAACCAAGACAAUGCCAUUUGUGUAGGAACUCAUAGCAAAGCAGACAUUGGUCCAGACCAGCCUGUCUCUGAAGAAACUGCCAAGCAGAAGAAAAAGAAAGGGAAGAGGAGGGAGAGGAAGAGAGCCGCAGAAGGCACAGAGGCUGGAGCUCCAAGGAAAGACCUGAGGCCAAACUAUUUUGUUGGAGUGAAAAUUUCCAAUGCUGAAAUUCAUCAAGCAAUUGUCAAGAUCCAAGAAGAUCUGGUAGCCUUCGAGCCAAAAUUUGCACGAGCACUUAUUGACGUGGCAACUUCUCAUAUCACUCUCCUGGUUGCACAUAUAGACAGCGAAGAGAAGCUGAGCUUAGCUAUAUCAGCUUUAGAUGAGUGCAAGAAAAAGCUAACUGAUUUCACUACAAAGCCAAUACAGUUGACAUUUUCUGGAGUGGGACACUUUUCAAACCAGGUUGUGUACGCCAAACUGGUAGAAGAUGAGCAUUACCACAGGCUGCUGACCUUGGCCGGGGAAGUACGGCAAGUUUUCUCUAGCAUGGGGGUUUGUAUGCCUGAUGUGAAAGACCUCCAUCCCCACCUCACCAUUGCAAAGACUUCCAAGGCACCUCACAGAAAGGGCAAGCAUUUCCCACGGAAAUUUGAUCCUUCUAGUUACAAGUCCCACCAGGAUGCUCACUUUGGCUCUCAGUAUGUGUUUGGGCUCCAGCUCCUCAGCAUGAAUAAACCGAAGGACAAAGAGCGGUAUUACCACUGUGAGAAAGAAAUGAGUUUUGAGCUCAACUGCACAGAGAAAAUGGACCAUACUGUUUGCUGCUUCCCGAGGCGACCCAUCCAGCCACCUGAAGAUGGUCAGAAGCACCAUGAAAGGGAAUCUAAUGCAAGCUCAUUAUCAUCCCUUGCUGUGUUUGUGACAUGUGCUGCUACUGCACUAAUACUUGCAGUGGCCAUAUCUCGCCUCAGACGCUGAUGUUGGAAGCCUUAAGCAUGUUGUGGUGUGUGAGAAUGAAAGAAGAAUAAAGCUGGAAAUGAUUUUAAGUAAAAAAGAUGCUGUAUACAUCUGUGAGAUAUUGCACAGACAAAGCAUUUCAGCCAUCUGAUUUGUUUAAUAACCAUGUGAAAGCUAUUGUUUUUAUCAUAAAUUAAAGGGAAAUGUUCUUUUUUUUAUUAGUGUUAGAGUGUUGUUAACUUAUGUAUGGAUAUUAGGUAUAUGUACAUACAAUAGAUAUGUAUACAUGCUUUCUUAACCAGAUGGCUUAAAAAACAUACAUUGCUCAUGUACAGGGCACUUGCCUGCAAGCGGUAACUUUGAAUGUGUCAUCGAAUUGAAUAUAGUUUCUUCCUCUUUCUCAUUCACUCACUCACACACAUGCACAGACACGCUCACGCACAUGCUCACACAUACACGCAUACACACAGUAAGGUGAAAGGCAAGACUCGACAAAGCCUCAAGUUGAUUUCUUGGGAAAGUAAGGUAAAUAUAUUUCUGAAAUAAUAGAUAUAUGUCCAUUACAUGUUUUCACCAGUUAUCAAUACCUGAUGCUUAAUAAUGCAUCACAAAUGCUUUGCCUUCAAAUGCGUGCGUGCGUGCGUGCGUGCGUGCGUGCGUGCGUGCGUGCGUGCGUGCGUGCGUGCGUGCGUGCGUGCGUGCGUGCGUGCGUGUGUGUGUGUGUGUGUGUGUGUGUGUGUGUGUGUGUGUGUGUGUGUGUGAGUGAGAGAGAGAGAAAGAGAAAUAGAGAAAUGCCAAGAUCAUCAAAUAUACAAUUGUUCAAAGUUAUCUAGAGUAAGAUGUUUGGGAAAUGAAGGAGUCUCCCAUCCGUGGUGGAGGGGUAUAGGGUAAAGUAAAGGAUAGGGGAAUAAGGAGGACAAGGGUAGGACCACAGAGGAGGAAACUGUAACAUAGACUCUGCCAAUGAUAGUUCCUCAUUUUGGGUAGAGGGUGGGGCAUAGUCUAGCUGACUUAUGUGCCUGGUGGGAAGAGGGAUGGUGGGUGCAGCUAUAGAAUCUCUCGGGAUAUACAGAGUCAAAAAAAUAAAGCCAGAACAGAAUACAGGAUCACUCAGCAGCAACGAAACUAAAAUAAAGUUAUGACGCCAACAUUGGCAUCGCAGUAUAUUCCACCGUGCUUCAUGUCGAUGAAAUUGGUGUUACCUUAUAAAACGGGUUAAAGGCAGGUGAGUCUCCUAGUUUUAUGGUCAAUAUUUUUUUUUUUUUUUUUUUUUUUUUUUUUUUUUUUUUUCUCAAUAGAAUUUUCUGUGUCAGUUUGAAUGUUGAUAUGUUUCUGACAUUCAGAUCUUUAAGAUGCUAUACCAAGAUGGUGUUUGGUAUGCUACUCAUAUAUUUUCUUAAUAUGGCAGGCAAUGUAAUUGCUCCAUUUUCAUAUGUAUGCUUCCAGACAUAUAUUUUGUUACAUGACUACUUUUUGUCUGUGGACAUUUGGAGGUGAGAACUUUAAGCACUCCUUGUUAAAGGAUAUAAAUAAUUGCUAUGAAAGUGCAGACCAGCCUUUAAAGGACUUAGAAAUGGAGCAUUUAACUUAUGGCUGUACAUGUAUUACUCCUUUGUAUUCCCUUUAGGCUGCAAAACCUUUUCAGUGUUGUAUUACAAAGCAACAAUUUCAAGGGGUUUCUUUUCCAUGUUAAACCACACCUCCUCCUUUGUUGAUACCUGAAGCUUAAAAAGGGAAAAGGCAUCAUAAUUAUACUGCAUACAUUUAAUCAAAGUCCACAAGUUUUAAGCUCAUUUUGCCAAGCCAAACUUCAAAAUAAUCUACCAAACUGCUUCUUUUAUAUAAUUGGCUAUAAGGCAAGCAGUAGUAAACAACCAGCCACAGAAUUCUGUAUGUAUUCACUAGCAAUAUGCGUAAUAUUUCUUACAUGAAUUUUAGAUUUUACAUCAAAAAUGCUUAAUAGUUUUCACUUCUGCUGUAGUUUCUUUUUGAAGCUUUGAAAAGGUGUAUAUGUAUAUGACAUCUUGUUGAUAUUAUGUUGUGAUAUUUAUUACAAUUGUGUUAUGUUAAUGUAAGUAUGCUGCUAGAGUGGAGUAUGGGAAAGUUGCCAUAAUUGUCAAGUGUGUGGCUCAAUUCCUGUCAUUUCUCCCUCCUUGUGCUGGACUUUCCUUGUUUUUUUUUAUUUUUCAUGCUUUUAUGCAGAGAAGCUUUCAUGGUUGAUGAGAAACAAAAGAUAGCUGCAGUUGUGCAUAUUGAUACUUAUCCAUUGUGACUGUUGUUUACACAGUCACUCACACACACAUACACAUACACAUACACAUGCGCUUACACAUACGCACAUAUUCACACACACACACAUAUUCACACACACACACACAUAU